GCCGUUAAUAGAAGCGACUUCUUUGGCUUGUCAACAAAAGCAGAGGAAGAAAGGGGGAACCAGGGGAGAGUUACGAAUAUAUAUAGAUACGUAGAUUGUAUCGAAGCUGCGGAAGAAGAUGAUGCCUCCAAGACUUGGACAGAACCGUCAUCACCAACACCAACACCAACACCAACACAGCAGCUGGCGGCUACAUGGUGCGAUUGUGGUGCAGCUCCGCGCUGCGGCGCAAGCCGCACUCUACGUUCAAAGCAUUCGGGUCGCCCCGGAACUUGAACCGGUGGGUCGUCCGAGUUCUGGUGUUGAUGGUGGUUUCAACCACGCUCGUCAAGCUUGCACUCGUGAGCCGCAUCCAGGACCCAAGUGAGACGUCGGGGCGGAACCUCUUAUUGAUUCGUCCGGCAGUCGUCGACCGCUCCGAAAAGCCGGAACGGGUUGCGGCGGAGGAUGGCGGCCGGGCCGGGAAGAUCCUGCAGGAUCAGUCUCUGGUCAUUCCUUUGAUUCCCUCCCCUCUUCCAGUGAAAAGAUCCAGCGGUGGUGGUCAGGAUCUUGACGAAAUAUGGAGGAAGCCGAGAAGCGACAACUACCAAAAGUGCAUCGACAGAUUGCACAAGGAAAUAAGGAAAGGUAAUGUUUCUGCAAAUGGCUAUAUUCUAAUUCAAGCAAAUGGUGGAUUAAACCAAAUGAGAACAGGGGUGAGUGACAUGGUUGCCAUUGCAAAAAUCAUGAAUGCUGCUCUUGUUCUUCCUAGUUCGAAUGACCCUAGCGACGCUAAAAGUAUCUUUGAUUGGAAGCACUUCAUCAAAGCACUUGAAGGAGAUAUUCAAGUAGUAGAGUCUCUUCCCGCACAAUUUGCUAGAACCAGGCCCUUCCUCACAGCCCCAGCCUCCUGGUCAAAGUCCAUUUACUAUAAGGGGCACAUGCUUGCAUUGUUGAAGAAGCACAAGGUGAUCAAGUUCAUCCACACCGACUCACUCCUUGCCAACAAUGGCUUCACCUUUUCGAUCCAGAGGCUGAGGUGUCGGGCAAUGUACAACGCUCUUCACUUUGUAGAGAAGAUCAAAGAGCUCGGGGGAGUGCUGGUGAAUAGACUUAGGAACAACGGCCAACCGUACAUUGCUCUCCAUUUGAGAUACGAAAAGAGUAUUCUUGCGUUCACAGGCUGCAGUCACAAUCUUAGUUCAUCAGAAGGUAAAGAGCUCCAGCGGCUGAGGCAGCGAACGCGUCAAUGGAAGAAGAAAAGGAUCCGCGGUGAAGAGAGGCGACUACAUGGGGAGUGUCCUAUGACACCCAGGGAGGCUGCAGUGUUUCUCGAGGCUAUUGGGUACCCUUCUCCUUCUACUAAGAUCUACAUAGUUGCAGAGGAGAUUUACGGGCACGAAGGGCUUCGCGCGUUUCACGCCAAGUACCCGAACACAUACUCUCUCUCAACUCUAGCAACAGAAGAGGAGCUGAAACCUUUUAAGCGAUUUCAUGAUCAGCUUGCUGCCCUCGACUACAUUGUAGCCUUGGAGAGCGACGUUUUCACGUACACCUUUGAUGGACUUACAGCUAAGGCAAUCCGCGGUCACAGGGCCUUGGAAGGGUUCAGAAAAACAAUCAGUCCUGAUAGGAGAGGCUUCGCUAGGCUGAUUGAUGAAUUCGACAAAGGUAAGUUAGGCUGGGAAAAAUUUUCAUCAGAAGUUAAGAAGCUGCAUAAAAACAAGAUUGGUGCACCCCAGUACAGAGAAGUUGGGGCGUCUCCAAAAUCUGAGGAAUACUUUUAUGCAAAUCCAUACCCUGGCUGUGUUUGUGACGACUACUCCUAACACAUUUAGUCCUUUCUCUGUGUUUGUAUUUUUAUGUGUAGUUGGCUCAAACCACUUUGAGAUAGCAAUCCCAUGGUAUCCUGUAGACUGAUUAGAGAACAUGCAUAGCAUUAGUUAUUGGAGAAGAGAAAUAGCUGUGAUGCCAUAUGCAACUAUUUAGCACUAAACAGCAUGAACUUGCUGCUAUCUGAACAUGCUUCAUCAAUAUUAUAAUUCUUCCACUCCUCAUCUUAACAGAAAUUUUAGCCAUAUCAUCUUUAUGUCAAUAUUGCUAUUAAAGCAUAGUAGCUCCCUAGAUCCCUUAAUAAAAUUGAAGGAUAAUUGUUUUUCACCCGCCUUAAUGCUUUGAAUGAAAGAAAGACUUAACUCUCAUCUCAUGUACCUUAAAAGUAAUCACAUAAUUACUCCAUUUUACUUUAGAUUGAAAUGCAAGAUUAUUGACAAAUGGCUUAGACGAAAAAACAAAU